AUAUCCCCACUGUUUUGUUGCAUGAUGUCUGAUGAAUCUAUUCCGUGCUAAUCUCUGAACAAAGGGUGGUAUAUACGGCAACAAAAAAUAUGUGUAUGUAUUGUUUUGUUGUCUAAUAGUUUCAGUAGCCUACUGUUAAACACGUUUACUAAUGCAACGCUUUUAGCGGAAGUGUUUCCUCUCGGAAUGUUUUAAUCGUCGUUUGUUUGAGGGGGAGUGUGCGUCAGUCGGAAAGGUCCCCCUUACUGCAGCUUGUGUUGUGGAGGUGUUCUGUGUGGACAUGGAGUCAGUUCUGUCUGUCCUGCCGUGGGUGCCAGUGAAUGUUGGUGGUUGUGAUCUUCUGGCCAAAGCCUGGUUUGGUGACACACAGUACCGGGUUCUGCUGAGUGAUCUGAGCGGUGUGUGGGAAGAGGAUAUGAAUGCAGACGACAUCCAGAGUCGAGCACAGGAUCUAAAUAAGCGCCUGAGGGCUCCUGCACAGGCUUUUUUCUCUCAUCUGUGCUCGGUGGCACAGCCUUGUUUUUCAAGCCAAGAUGAUGAUCAGACCUCUUCUGCGCAAGUCUCACUGGAACGUCACGGUGACAAUUUUACAGUCAGACUCAAAAGUGAGCUGGCCGGAUUGCCGUUUUACUGGGAGUUCCGUUGCACCCCGAUGCCUGUAGCCAUGGUGUGCAGUCAGCUGGUGCGCCCCCUGCUGGCAGUGAGCAGGGUUUUGCAGAGACAAGUGGAGGAUCUAGCCGCUAUGUUGGUCAGGAAAGAUGCAGAGAUACAGGACUAUCAGGAGAACGGAGCUGUUCUCAGCAGAGCUCGACUGCAGACGGAGCCAUUUGAGGUGCACAGAUACAGGGAGAACUUCUUCACACAGACAGUUCCACAGAUGGGCGUGCCGUUGGACAGUUUGGGUUUUGAACCCGAGUUACGGGCGCUGUAUGUGGCUGUAAACUCUGUAAAAUCCGCUCGGAAACGUAAACGUUCUUCAGACAGCAGCCAUGCGUGGGACGACGUCAGCGUUCCUGAACAUCAGGAUCACCAACGAACCAAUGAUGUACACACAGGUGUGGGGGCUCCAUUGGCUUCUCAAGAACACAAGGAUGUCAAAAAAGCAUCGGGAAAAACUCAGGAGGCAGACAGUGAACAGACUGUGCCGCUAACUCCUGCUGCUGCGGGUUCUGAAGAGUGUCACACUUCACGGCCGAAGAAGAAGAAAGCCAUGGGACUCUUUCGGUGACCAUCUACACCUCUAAAGCUCAUUUCCACAAUAUCAAAUUAUGGACACUUUCUAAACUCUUAACAUGCAUACUUGUUUUAUCAUAUUUUAUCUUUUAGGGUAUUUUAAAAUCUUUUUUAUUGUGGGUUUUAUUCUGUAUGUUUCAAUUUAAAAAUGGUCUCUUAAAAACAAGUAAAAUAUUGCUUUCCUUUAUGCAGAUUUUUUCGUUUGGUGUGACAGAACGCAUGAGAUAUGCUUGAAAUGAAGUGCCAAUGUGUUAAAUUGUUUUUUAAACACAUUUGGACUCUUUAGUAAUUCUUAUUGAUCAACCUUUGCCAGUGUCAGAAUGCAUUGCGGAGAAAGUAAAAAGGCUUUAAAGGGGUCAUAUGACACGGCUAAAACAAAUAUUAUGGUUUGUUUUAGAUGGAAUGCAAUGUGUAUACACGAUUUAAGGUUCAAAAACGCUCUGUUUUCCACAUACCGUGCAUGUUUGUAUCUCCUCUUUGCUCCGCCUCUCUGAAACGCACAGAUUUUUGACAAAGCUCAUGGCUCUGAAAAGCGAGGUGUGCUAUGAUUGGCCAGUUAAUCAAUGCGUAGUGAUUGGUGGAACACUGCACGCGUGUGUGAGGGAAAUGUAACGCCUCUUACCAUAUUUGGAACAUCACCUUACUUGCAUAUACAUUUGGGCGGUCUCAGUCAAAUCACACCACCAACAGACGUAGAUUUGUGGGGGUGUGGUUACACGAGGUGUUUCAGGCAGAUCUGGGUGAGCAUUCGCUUUUAGAUAGAAUGCAUCUUUUGUUCCCACACUUUCAUUUUUGCAGUUUUAUGUGUCUAAUACAUGCAUGAGCAACUUAUAAAAGACACAGAAAAACACGUAUUCGCGCCAUAUGACCCCUUUAAACGUUUUAGCUAAAAAUGUAAUCCUUGUUUGCAUUACUAGUUGAUGGAUUUUCAGAAUUUUUAGGUAUGUUCAGAAUAUUAGGAGCAAGUCAUUGUUGUAUGCUUACUAAAUAUUCCACUUGUUUUCCGUGUCAUGAUAUCUGAAAUCAUUAGUACUUUGGGAUGGUUGGAGCCACCAGUACCCACGGAGCAGACCAGACCUUAUGAGCAAAAUCCCGCUCUCUUGUACUAAAGUACAUGAUGCCUUAAAUCUAGGUUUAUAUGUGGGCAUAAAUAAUUUCAUUUAGGGUGUAUUUUUGCUGUCUACAGAAUACAGAUUAUUUUCUGAUGACUGGCCAAAAGACUCUCUAAUUAAAGUGUAUUCAGAAACCACAGCAACAUCUUCACGCUGUCAACAUUGUGGUCACGCAGAGCCAGAAAAAAAUGCCUUCACCACUUAAAGAGACAUGGAACUGUCAUCAUUUUCCUACCAGUAUCAUUUUGUAAUCGUUCAGGCAUUUAUCUGAUGAGCUGUCUUCAGAAACUAUAUGUUUGAGCUCUUAGGUGUACCACAGUGGCUGUUUCGUGUUAACAGUCAAGAACACACUCAUUUUAUAUUGACAUUUAUGCAGAUGCUUUUAUACAAAGUGACUUACUGUGAAUUCAGUAAGUCAAAAGUUUACAGAUAAUAUUUUGAAUAAAUGUUGCAAGUUAUUAACUAUAGGCAAUUAAUCCUAU